CUCCAAUUGAUAGUUUACCUAUAGUUUAGUUGCUUCAAAAGAUUGUAGUUUCUGGUUUAACCAAUGAAAUUCAUUGACAUUAUCACAGUUGAUAGAAAUUGCUCAACAUUUUGACUGCAUCAAACUAUAUCUUUGGCCAUUCACUUCAUCACGUUAUUGAGAGAGACAGCACGAAAUGUGUGUGAGCAAAUUACCUGUCUGAAAUAUAAUCUUUUUGUUGGACAAGUGUUUAUAUAGAUAUAGCAACAAUGAAUCCAAAUUUCCAAAUGAUGAAUUUUCUGGCACGUUUCUCUCGGCCUCCCAAUUUUAUAUUCAUGGAGAACUCUGCAUUCAUCCCACCUCAUAUCGCAAAUCCUAGACUUGUUGUGUUAGGAUCAACUGCAGAGGAUGCUGCACAAUCAGCAGGUCGAAGGUCAUCACGUCAAACACGGCAGAAGGUUGAAGAAAAGGGAGUGACUUCAUACCCAAUGCAUCCUCUAUAUCACGGGCCAAACGGGUUACCUGUAUUUAACAAUGCCCAAGUUUUUCCUCACCCGGCAAUGAGGCCAACUGUAGAAGAUGGACACAGGUUGAUGAAUCCACUCGGGCCUGGAGCGUUCCGACCGUUUCAGGUUUCCGAAGAACAGGAAGGAUUCUAUCAUCAUUCAGCUUUCGUUCCCGCAAAACAACGUAAAAUGGAAAAUGGAAAAAUUCAAAGCGUCUCAAAUUCAGAAGACUGGAGCAGCGUGCAAACAUGCUCAACAGAAAACUCUGAGAAAGGCACAGAGAGUUCAUUGAGACCUGAGAUGGGUGUGAAACAUGAAAUUGAUGAUAGUGACUUUUCUGAGAGAGGGGAAACCCCUUGCUCAUUUGAAUCAGCUGAGAGGAGCCAAGCUAUUGAAAGUGAGGUGACAGAUAGAUCCAGCCCAGAAGAGGGCAGGCAUUUAAGAAGGAAAAGGAAAUGUAGUUAUUUAUUGGAUGGGCAGAUGUGUUGCAGUGUAUGUGGCGUAACAGUUAGAGCGGGAGAACUUCAGUCUCAUCUGAAUCAAGAAGUGGAACGACUCAAUAAAAUGACAAGGUCUGGAAGACGCUCAAGAGACAGCUCUGGAAGCAGAAAGGGAUCGCAGGGCCCAUCGUCUAGGAGAAACAAAGAUAAUCCGUCGUCAUCCGAUAAUCCAGAGACCCGUUUUGAAACUUACUUGAAAAUCAAAUCAAACAGGCAAUCACGGCUUAAUGCACGUGUUGGGCGGAGUCGCAGAGGAAGACGUAGUGGAGAUUAUUGCGGUGAUCUUACACAUUGUCCAAUUUGCGAUGAAGUACUUGAGGGCUCUCCCGAGGAACGAAACCAUCAUGCAGAGGUGUGCUUACGAAAGCAACAUCAUAUUUCUCCGACUCGGGAAGACAUGGCAGUUGAUGUUGAAGGGGAGGAAUAUGAGGAGUACACUUGGUGUGGACAGACGAGAAUCAGGGCUACCACAAUGCUACAAGCUGGUUUCAAAGGAACUGGUUUCCAAAGGAGAAUCUAUACAGAAGAGGAUGUUGAUAUGAACCUAAACGUAGAUGGAGACGACACGGCAGAGUAUGGACAACCACAGUUCACAGAGGCUGACAUCAUACCCUGCUCAUCAGACGAGCCCUCGGAAGAACGCCAGAGGCAAGCCAUCCGAGGCGCCCUCCUAACUUUCUAUGACACCUACAAUGAUGAUGAUGAUGUUGACAUUGUUGAUGAUGAUGAUGAGGGUUACACAACCCCUCUGGUGUCUGUCCAGUGUUGGCAUGUUCACUGUCAGGAAUGCUGGUUAAGAACUUUAGGAGCAAAGAAGUUAUGUCCCCAGUGCAAUAUGAUCACAGCACCUGCACAGCUACGGAAGAUCUACCUGUAGCUAAUUACCUGUAGAACGUCACCUUGAUGUUAUUUGGAGAUUUCAUUCAACGCAUUCAAAGAAUCAUUCAUGUAGGCCAAGUAGAAUGUACCAUUGAUGUUCACCACAUGAUUAGAUAAGCUAGAAUGUGCUGUGAGCAUGAGAAAAAUGAGUGUUGUGUGACAAUGUAUCUAAGAAAAUACUUGUAAAUAUCGAAAGAAAAUUUUGGCCUGAAAAUAAUGUAAAGCAUUAAAUUAAGGAAACUAGGGGUUAUUUGUUUUUGGCAAUUUUCAAGUUCAGUUUAUUUCAGAUGCACAUUUGUUGGGAAAAGGUGGUUUUGAUACAAUUAUUUUCAAAUUCAUUUGUUAAUUUAUUAUAAACUUCAUAGACAAUUCAUUAUAAAUGUAGAAUUAUGUUUUUCUUUUAGUCAGCAAUGGUGAUUCUCUGGAAUAAUAUGGAUCAUUCAUUAACUUGUAUAGUGUUAAAAUCUUGUAAAAAUUUAAUUAAUUCUUUAUUUUACCUUCUGGUAUUUGAAAUGCAAAUUUUUCAGUUGUUAUUGAUAUUUUAGGCAUUCCAUAGUAACCAGCUGACCUGUUAGGGAUAGCAGCUGUUUGAUCGCUAAGGUAUUUCCAUAGUAACCAUUUUUCCUACUUAAAGUUCAUCACUUAUAACUAGA